AGCAACAGCUUGCAUCGGCGGUGUAAAAAAAGCAACCAUAGACAGUAAAAGAAACAAACGGAGAAACUGUCCGGAUUUACUACUGCAACACUGAUCGAAUAGCAGCAGGAUGAACAGCGCAGCUGUGUAUCCCCCUCCCACCGCCCCUCCCGCCAACAUGUUUGGCAACGUGCCCGGAUAUGAAGACACUUUGUCUGGAGGAGGAGGCUUCCUGCCCCCGCCUAUGCCCAUGGAGCCUGUAGCCCCGCCCCAACCCGGCCCGGCACCUGCCGACUGGAGCAUCCCUGCACUGUCGGAGGAUGUGGCUCGUGAGGCGUUCAUGAGCUUUGUGUCGUCUAAGUGCUGCUACAGUAAGAGUCCCGUCAACGAUGGAGUCAUCACCAGCAUGGAGCCAUGCAACACCUACAGGUAUCGACUGGAGACGUUCACUGAGUCCCGGUCAUCUGAGUGGGCCACCAAACCACAUGAAGGUGAGCCAGCUGACUUUUACACCCAGACCGCACCCCGGCCCUGGGAGCUCCAGGCCACCACGACUCCCAGCCUCUUCACCAAUCACAAGGAGGAGAUCCGCGUGCCCUACACCUCGUCCAUCAAGGACUGCCACAGCUGCCAUUCCACAGGGACGAUGCCGUGCACUGAGUGCCAUGGAGAUGGAUUUAAACCGUGCUGGGUGUGUAACGGCUCUGGGAUGAAGACUGAUGAGCGCUGCUCGCGCUGUAAUGCUACAGGCAAAGACAGGUGUACCACGUGUGAUGCCAGGGGUACAAAGACGUGUGAAACCUGCAAGGGAAAGAGACAACUGCUAACCUACAUCAAGGUCAAAGUGGAGUGGACUAACCACGUGGAGGACCACGUGGUGGCGCAGAACUGUCUGAACGUCGAUGAGCUUCGUUCAGUGAGCGGGAAGGAGCUGUUCAAGAACAACCAGUACCUGCUCUACCCGUUGCUCGGGUUCCCAAACCCGGCCAUCUCUGAGGCCUCUGAGCGUCUGGUCAGAGAUCACCAAAGCAAGUACGCCCAGAACUCCAGGAUCCUGCAGCAGAGGCAGACCGUCGAGCUGAUCCCCAUCACCAAGGUGAACUACAAGUGGAAGGGCAACUCUCACGUCUACUUCGUCUACGGCAAAGAGAACAAAGUCAAUGCCGACAAUUACCCAGCAACCUGCUGCUGUGUCAUCCUGUAGAGACACACACACACACACACACACACACACUGUCCCAAACUGUUACUUUUAACUAACCACUGCAAACACACUAAGUGUUUUCCACAAAAUUCGUCCAAUUAGACGGAGAGUGGUUCCCACUGGAUUCCAUACUGGGUUGCCACAUGUAGGGCUGGGAAUCUUUGAAAUAAUUUCAAAAGAUAAUAUCUUAUCUGAUACUUUUUUUUAACAUAAACAAAUUACACAAAAACAAAAUUUACACAUAAAUCUUUCCUGCCGGCCUCUAUACAGCGUGCAAUAUUAGACAACCUAUCACAAGCAUUAUUAGAUCUUGGUACAAACAUGCGGCAUGCUGAUUGGCUCACUGACGCUGAGGAGAUUUACUUCUUGGUUAUUCAAAUUUGGAAUUAAAAGACAAGGCAUUUUUUAAAACUAAAAUAUGCAUAGAAGUGUCAAAGUUUGAUACCUAGCCCUAGCCUCAAGUGGUCAGCUUCUACCCUCGUAGGUAAACCUGUGUGUUACGUGUACUUCUACAUUAACACGCAUUUGUUGCGACAAAGAAUACAUUUACAAUGUUGACUGAAAUGAAUAUAAAACUGAGAGUUCAGUAUGUAACUUUAUGCUAAAAAAA